AGCGGGCAAACGUCGUCGGGACGGGGUAAGGACCGGCCCCGUCCCUUCCUUCCGCCCCUCCCCGUGGAUGCUGAAGCUGCAGGGGCGUCCUGGCAUGGCUGAGGGGUGGCGGAGCCAGCGGGCGGCCAAGGCCCGAGGCCGGGAGGGCGGCAUGGGCGACUCAAGCAACCUGGACGACAGCCUGACCAGCCUGCAGUGGCUGCAGGAUUUCUCCAUCACCAACGCCAGCUUGGGCAAGUCUUCCUCGUGCCCCAGCGGCCCGGAACCCCACAAUUACCACCAGAUCCCCGGCUUUGCCGCCCCGUGCUCCCCCCUGGCCGCCGACCCGGCGUGCAUGGGGAUGCCCCACACCCCCAGCAAGCCCACCUCGUCCUCCACCUCGCGGACGGCCCACCCGGCCGUGGGCAUGCAGCCCCCCGCUGAGGACAUCGACUACAAGACCAACCCGCACGUCAAGCCGCCCUACUCGUACGCCACCCUCAUCUGCAUGGCGAUGGAAGCCAGCAAGAAGUCCAAAAUCACCCUCUCGGACAUCUACAAGUGGAUUACCGAUAACUUCUGCUAUUUCCGACACGCCGACCCCACCUGGCAGAACUCCAUCCGGCACAACCUCUCCUUGAACAAGUGCUUCAUCAAGGUGCCUCGGGAGAAGGGCGAGCCAGGGAAAGGCGGGUUUUGGAAAAUCGACCCCCAGUACGCCGACCGGCUGAUGAACGGCACCUUCAAGAAACGGAGGAUGCCCCCGGUGCAGAUCCACCCGGCCUCCACCAGCAGAGCCCAGCAAGAAGUGCGCUGCGUCGCCAGCCCCGCGACUUCCACCUGUACCAACAGUAACGUCCUCAAUGUCAACGUGGAGUCCCAGCAGCUGCUGAAGGAGUUUGAAGAAGUCACCGGUGACCAGAACUGGAACUCGGGGGAUGGAAAGGCAGGCCAAAAGCGCAAGCAGCCCAUGCCCAAGCGUACAGCCAAGUCGGCUCGGCUUUCCAGCCCUGCCUUGCUCACCCAGGAGGAGCAGACCGAGCUGGGAUCGCUGAAGGGUGACUUUGACUGGGAGGCCAUCUUUGACACCAACUUGAACGGAGAUUUCUCCGCUUUCGAGGGCCUGGAGCUCUCGCCUCCCAUCAGCCCGAUAAGGCACGACGUGGACUUGACGGUGCCCGGGCAGCACAUCGACCGUCCCCAGGAGUGGUGCACCGCUGGGCAAGAGCAGGUCCUCAGCGAAUCCGGCCAGAACAACCUGGACUUUGACGAGACCUUCAUGGCCACCUCUUUCCUGCAGCACCCCUGGGACGAAGGCAAGAACGAUUACCUCUCCAACUCCGUCAGCGUGGAGAAGUUGUUUGAGCUCAGCGACGCCUCUUUGACUGCAGAUGUGAACGACUGGAGCAAUGUGGGAUCCUUUUUAUAAGCAGCCACUUGAAGGACUCAGCCAAGCCCACAGAGACUUUAGCAGGGUGCUCCCCCUGUGCUGUGGGACAAUAUUUUCUAGAGGCAGAGACAUCCACAGCAACUUCCGUAGCUUCAUUGUAGGAUUAUUCACAGACG